AAUAAACAUAAACCUUUACAAUAAUAACAUUUAACAUCAAUUUGAUCGUAAUGGGGCGCAGGAACUUGUCUCGAGUCAUACAAAUUAAAUUAAGUUUGGGUUAAAUGUCCGAUCGCGUCCUGUCCUCAAUCGCUAACCUUUGCCCCCCGAUGAAAGUUUUUAAGUCUUUUUCGAGCGAUUGGCAUGUUAUUUGAAGCGAGGUAAUGGUAAAAUGGGUGUGAAAACUUUGUGUCAUGGUCUCGCAGCGUUGCAUUUCUGGUUCGGGUGUUAUUACGACUGGAAUUAUGUCCAAAUACCGUCAGAGGUCCACCGAAUGGGGGCCUCAUUCGGUAAAAGCGGAAAAUUGAAGUUUUUAACCUACUGGGAUGCGCUCCUCCAAGCCCUCUUUUUCACCAUUUGUGUCAUCAAUGAUCUAGUGGGGAGCAACGAAGAGGCCCCUAAGAAGACACCACUGAUUCGGAAAAUUAAAGAUUUGAUUUUGCCAUGUUUGGCUUUCCCUUUGUCAAUGUUUGUCGGCCUGACUUUCUGGGGGAUUUACUUUGUUGAUCGUGAAUUGAUCUUCCCACAAGCUUUGGACAAGUUUUUCCCCGCGUGGCUCAACCAUGUCAUGCAUACCAACAUAAUGAUUUUCAUUUUAAUCGAACUUUUCACAUCGUACAGAAAAUACCCAACGAGGAAAGUGGGUCUUACAAUUUUGACCAGUUUCAUGUUGGUAUACCUGGUUUGGAUUCACAUCAUUCAUGCCUACUCGGGAAUGUGGGUUUACCCCAUUUUGGAAGUCUUGAAUCUUCCAUUGCGGAUCGUUUUCUUCAUAGGUUUGUUAGGCUUGUCGACAUCUCUGUAUGUAGUAGGGGAAAAAUUGAAUGGAAUUGUAUGGAGUGAGAAAAAACACAAUUUGAAGAAACGUUAAUUUAGGCGAUAAUUUAGCGUAGUUAAAAGUGCAUUUAUAUAAAUUGUGAUAGUCUGCACUGUUGAUUUUGUAAAUUGUGGCUUAAUUUAUGUGAGUGGUCAUUCACUUUAAAAAAAUUCAAUUGUGUUAGAUUGUGCCUGAGGAAAUUUGGCAAUAAAUUCCUUUCUUAUAUUUUAA